GCGCCAGGAGGCAGCGCCCGGCAGCGCCCGGCGGCGCCCGGCUGCCGCGAUGAGCGGCGGGGAGGUGGUGUGCUCGGGCUGGCUCCGAAAGUCACCGCCGGAGAAGAAGUUGCGGAGAUACGCAUGGAAGAAACGCUGGUUCGUCCUGCGCAGUGGUCGGAUGAGUGGCGACCCCGACGUCCUGGAGUACUACAAAAAUGACCACUCCAAGAAACCUUUGCGUGUGAUCAACCUCAAUUUCUGCGAGCAAGUGGAUGCGGGCCUGACCUUCAACAAGAAGGAACUGCAAGACAGUUACAUCUUUGACAUCAAGACAAGUGACAGGACCUUCUACCUGGUGGCUGAGACUGAGGACGACAUGAACAAAUGGGUUCGCAGCAUCUGUCAGAUCUGUGGCUUCAACCAGUCCGAGGAGAACACAGACACCCUGAGGAGCAUUGCCUCCAUGAACCAUGCACCACGGUCCUCCCCGGCAGAGCUCAGCAGUGCCAGCCACCACCUGCUACGAGAGCGCAAGUCCUCAGCACCGUCCCACUCCAGCCAGCCCACCCUGUUCACCUUCGACUCACCUGCCAGCCACCUCCAGAGUACCCUGUCUGCCAGUGCCCCCCAGGACUACCUUUUCCUCCACCAGUGCAUGAGCAGAAAGUCAGAAAAUGCAAGGAGUGCCAGCUUCUCACAAGCCACACGGUCUGCCUUCUUCAUGCGGAGCGACACAGCGGUCCAGAAGCUCUCUCAGGGCAAUGGGCACUGCGUGAACGGGGUUGGUGGACAGCUCCAUGGCUUUUACAGCCUGCCAAAACCCAGCCGGCACAACUCGGAGUUCAGGGACAGUGCGCACGAUCUCCCACGUGCCUUUGGCUCCUACACCCACCCCAAGUCAAGCCUCACCAGCUCUGAAACGGAUAAUGAGGAGGUCUACACCUACAAGACUCCCAACAACACCCUAUGCAAGGAGUUUGGGGAGCUCUCCACGGACUCCUAUGACAUCCCUGCCACCCCACUCUCCAUCUACCAGAUCCCCAGGACAUUUACAUUAGACAAGAACCACAAUGCUCUGGCUGUGGCCGCCAGCGACUCACCCUCUGCACCACCCCCGCGGCCCCCGAAACCUGGGCAGACGGAGCCACGGUGGGGCAGCCCCCCCCAGCGGCUCCAGCCCAGUGAAAAUCUAGGUCUGGCCCCCAUGGCAGCCACCAUUCCACGGAGAAACACGCUGCCUGCAGUGGAGAACAGCAGAUUGCACCGAGCUUCUUCUUGCGAGACGUACGAGUACCCCCAGCACGGGGGAGGCAGUGCCAUGCAGUCUAUCGAGUCCAUGAACGAUGGGUACAACUCCUACCUGCAAGCCAAGGCAGCAGUGGCCCGCUCCCACAGUACCGACUCCGAGGACAACUACGUCCCCAUGAACCCUGGUUCCUCACCCCUAAUCCAUGCUGAGAAAGCCAACGACAAUGCCCAAAACCUCUACAUCCCCAUGAGCCCUGGGCCGCAUCACUUUGACCUGGUGGGGUUGUCCUCAACCACCCUUCCUGUGCAUAAAGGAGGAACUAUGGUGCAGUGUCACAGACGACUGAGUGAAAUCCAGCCCCCACCAGUCAACCGCAACCUCAAACCCGACCGGAAAGCAAAGCCAUCACCAUUGGACCUGAGAAACAACACUGUCAUCGAUGAGCUUCCCUUCAAAUCGCCAGUCACAAAAUCUUGGUCCAGGCCAACCCAGACGUUCAACGCGGGCUCUCUGCAGUACUGCCGCCCUGUCUCCUCCCAGAGCAUCACCAGCACUGACUCGGGAGACAGCGAGGAGAACUAUGUGGCGAUGCAAAAUCCCAUUUCUGCUUCUCCUGUUCCUAGUGGUACCAACAGCCCAGCGCCUAAAAAGAGUUCGGGGAGUGUGGAUUACUUGGCCCUGGACUUCCAGCCAAGCUCACCAGGGCCACACAGAAAGCCCUCCACCUCAUCGGUCGCCUCAGAUGAGAAGGUUGAUUAUGUGCAAGUGGACAAGGAGAAGACACAGGCGCUGCAGAGCACCAUGCAAGAGUGGACUGAUGUGCGGCAGUCCUCGGAGCCUGCCAAAAGCGUGAAGCAGUAGUGCCUGCAGCAGGCAUCAAAACAGGCCAAUGUCCUGUCGGUUUUCCCCAGCUCCACUUGGGCUGGAUUUCUAAGACUUGUCUGUGGAGGGAAGGGGGUCUCAUUAAUUUUUUUUCUCUUAAAACAAAACAAAACUUAAUUUCAGGGGAAGACUUGGCGGAUACUGUUUGCCAGUGAUAAAGACCAACUAUGUUCGGUGGCUGGUUUUGUGCUUUAGCUGCUGGAUGCACUAUCCAGGAAUUUCGAUUUAGCAAUACCAGGCUUCACCCUACAACAUCUUUUGCUUACAGCUAUCAAAGCCACCUUGUAUGUGCUAACACUCUCUGUCUUCUUCCAUACCAUACCCCAAACCAUGCCAUGCAGGUUUGUAGCAUCUCCCAUGUGACAUCAUUCACCAGCUCUGAUUUCCACUACUUAUGGUUGUUCUCUUCUCUGCCUCCUCCCAAUCCCAAAACUUAGCAAGAACCAUUCCUUUUGAAAUCACUUUUGUUGUCUGAUCUCUUGUAAAUAAUAUGCUCAAAACCUCUGAAGGCUGUUCUCCUCCUGGUCAGACAGCCCCUGUGGUUUUGGUUGGGGUUGUUAACUUUCAGGAGCUUGAGGAGUAUCCACUCUGUCCCAUUGAGCUAACUUAGAAGUCCAGGACUUACCCCAUCAUACACACAAAACAUGCUGGCACAUGCUCACACAAGUUUGUUGGGGUGUCUUCUGUUGAUAUUUUCCAGCAUCUCUCAAAGUCAAUGGGCUGGAGAGAUUGGCUUUGGAAGCUAGAAUUUAAGCCCUGACCCACUGCCUGUCUGAAAUCAAUUCCUGUGAAUCUGAUCCCAAGAACCAAAAUUUGCCCUUUGUGGCACCAAAAGAAGCCCAUAUAGUGAGAGUCUUACAUCUGUGGCCAUUGUGAGAAGCUCUGAGGGGUGCAGGGAGGCUCUGGAGACCCUGUGUAUCUAGACUGGUGUAAGGAUGAGUGACAAGAAGGGAGUGGAAGGCUGCUGCAAGGACUGGGAGAAGGCAGAUGCAGAGGUUGGUCUUGAGUGAGGAAGUCUGGUGGAAUGUUUCUCGGAAGAAAGAAGAUUAAUUGAAAUGUUGGUUGAUAGUGAGGUCACAGGCUUGGGAAGAGGCUGGUCAGGACAGUCAGAGCAAGGUGUUUCAAUAUUAGCUUUUACAUAGCAUUUUGUUUGGUUUGUGGAGGGUCCGAAAGGCUGGACUGUUUUCUCCUCGUCUUCAGCAAUGUUCAACACAGAAAUGGGGCUUGCUGACAUUAACAACCCUAUGCUCUAAUUAUGGGUGGGAAUCUGCUGUUGCCCCUUGCCAGCAUCCUUAACACAUCCAGGCUUUGAGAUCACUCUCCAGGCAGCUGCUGGACACAGAGAGACAAGAAGGAUGAGACAGUUUAAUGCAGAGAUAAUAAUUCAUGAUCUCAUGAAAACAGGAAGAACUUAUGAUUACCAUGGAGCAGCCUGAUUGCCAGACAGCAAGCGCUGACACGAAUAAACAGGUUGACUGCAAACCGAGAGCCAAAUGAAGGAAACAUUAGAAAGAUGAGGUAAUAAUAUUUAUUAAAUAGCUAGAGCUGUUCUUUCUGCAAGCUGAACCUCUCCCAGUACCAUGAGCUCUGUGUUCCACCAACACCACCAAGUUAUAUUGAUUAUUAAUGCUUAAGCGUUAACACAUUUGUUUAAUUUUGGUUUGAGUUUGGAAAGGGCCGGACGUGACCCACAGAGGGAUGGGAUACCAGCCACUUAAGGGUAUGCUGGUAAAAUAACUUUUGAACUUCCAACACCAUUUUAUAUUUUCUUCUUGCAUUCCGUGAAAGGGAAGGAUGUUAAUGGAAAAGGUCUGACAACCCAUUUAGGGCAUUGAAAUAAUGAAGCAAAUAUCCUAAUGCUCGUGGUAAAAUAAUAAUCACUAGAAGGAAAAAAAACCCAAAGGGGAAGAUUUAGCACAGUCAGAUGCUUUCUGAAGGUCAGGGAGUAUGUUACCGCCUUUAACGGCCAUUGCCUCCUGUUGGGGGCUUGCACACUUGCCUGGUGAGAUGAGGAAAUGAAGACUAGAGUACAGUGCUCUGUAUUUCUAUCACCCCUGUCAUCACUGCAUCUCGGUACCAUGGAAGUGGGUAGGCAAGGUGGAGGCAGCAGCAGUAGUCAUUUCUGAUGGUGCAGGGGCUUGAAACACAGUAGGUUUGAUUGAAACACGAUGGGUUUGGAUGCAGUUUGCUGAGUGGGUGCCCUGUGCUUCUGCACUGGGACUAGAUGCAUCCAGUGCCUGCUCUCACAUAUAAUCCAAAGUGUUAAUUAAGACAGAAAAGGCCUUUUGCGAUACUGGAGAGACUAGGCCUUUUUUUUCUCCAUGUUUCACAAGUGUCUGUAUUUGUUCAUGGGGCAAGCACUGGCAUGGGAUAGCACUUUUCCCAAGCUCAGAUCCCCUGUUUUAAUGAUUUGCUCUCAUGAGCAUCACCGGUAACUGGCCCAUUGCAUUUGGCAGACCAAGGACCAAAACAGCCCAAAAGUAGCUAUUUUGAAACUGCUGGUUGCUCAUCGCUCUCCGCUUUGCAGUGAAGUCUGUGUUUGAACAGAAACAGAUACAUUUCUCCAAUUUUUUCCCCUGCUAUGCACCAAGCAAACAGCACCUCCAAACUGAGUAGCAGCCCACAGACUCUAUGCCCUAUAGACGUGACUGUAUCAACCCCUCCUGAAAGCUGUUAAGUAAUCAAUGGCUUCAGUGGAAAUAGUCAUCUGUAACGAUUGCUGAGCUGAUUACAGCAGUCCCUGAUGAUUAAUGUUUGUGCAGUAUUUAGUCUUAAACCAUAUUGAAAAGCAGCUGCUUUAAUUACACGGACUGCCAAGAACUUUGUCCUCAAGGCAUUGAGUUUAUCACAUCCACUCUAUACUUGGAUGCUCAAGUAUGACUGACUCUUUUGUUAGAAAUAGGUAUUUUAGGAAGCUGAGAACAUUGCAAAUUAUUCAUUUUAAUUGCAAUUUAAAUGGCUUGAGCCUUCACGUCAGAGCCUGCUCUACAGCUCUGUGGUCCCAUUCAGAAAAGGGAUGUGUUUGCAUGUGUGUGGCAGGACAAGCAUCAUGACCUCACUUAUUUACUUUUUAUGAAGCACCAGGGCCAUGGCUCAAAGCUUUCCCCAAGCUUUAAAAUUUCUAAGCUGUUGGGUUUAAAAGCAAAAGUCUCCAAAAGUGUGUAUCCCUUGCUGUAAGUCUGCAACUGCUGCUCACAGUUCUUCUGUCUGGUGAGUUCUGUGAGCUGCCUUGGAGUUGAUUUGCUCUGAACUGACAUUUGAGUGUUUAGUGUGAAAUACAUUUCUAGCUCUAAAUGGAUGCCAGGUUUAGGCUUAGUCUCAAGUUGGAAAAAGAAAAUACGUGUGAAUGCAGACUUUGCCAGGGCAAAGCUGAGAGUCUGGCAGAUAAGGCUAAAUACAGAGCCAGAACCAAAGGUAGCUAAGGCUUGGGUUGAUGGGGGCUAACUAGGAUAGAUUUGGACACUGGGCCACCAGCCACUGACAAGGCUGAUGUAUGGGGAAACAUGUGGUUGGAAGGAGAGAAGGCAGGGGAGUUUGCCAGCAUGGCCUAAGUCUUAGUCCUCACCAUGUGCUCCUUUGGCAUGAGUCUCGAGUCAGGUAUAUAGAGAUUUGGGGGCUUUUACUCAGUAAAAACCAUGCACUGGUGGGAGGGGAGCUCCCACCACUCUCGGGACUUACCCAGGGCAUUUCACUCUCAGUGGGUGAGUGCGUGACAAUGUGAUGCCUCAGUGCUCUGGCUUUCAGGGAUCUCUGGUCCAUUCACACAGUUCUGAGAUGGGCAGGAGAAGCCCUACAAGAAAUGUGGUGGGGACCAGUAUGUGCUGAGAGACACCUUGCUGUGGGGCUCCCAUGAGCUGUUCAUGGGGCAGCAGUGCCAUGGCUUCUCAGAGUUGUCCUACGAAGUACUAUCUUCAUUCUUGGAGCUUUUCAGGACCAGUCUGGAUCAACCCCAUAGCUGACCCUGCUUGGAGCAAGGGGUGAGACUAGAGACAUCUCUUCCACCCUGAGAUCCUGUGCUGCUGGGGUUGAGUGGAGACUCCUCCAUGUGAGGGAAGGGGCCAAAAGUGUUGCUUAGAGCCCUAUAACAUCCAAAACUGGGACAGGGCCACUUCUUCUGUGAAGCCAUGAAACCAACUGUCAAAGAAAACAGCUCAACCUCUAAGGCCGUAUGCACCAGCAAGAGGAACUAAUGCAUACUGGGGUCAUCCCUUGCACCUGGGAAAGGGCUGGCUGGCCCAGACCAAGUUAUCCAGGACACAGACACACAGUCCAAGCAACUGGAAGACAGCUUGAACCUAUAAAUUUUUUAUGCUAGAGACUAACCUAGAAUCCUCAGCAGCUCCAUGCCAGCUCCUACACCCUGGCAUCCCAGUCCUUUGAGCAUACCAGGAAGAAUUGGCUUGUUUUGGCUACCCAUUGAUCAUGGCUCCUUGGGAGGGGUAGAGCUAUGCCCAGAUCUUUCUUAUGUGGUGUAGACUUUAGUAAGAAGAUGUUAAAAUAGUUCCCAGGUCCUGUCUGAUCUUUUUGGCCUAGGAGGUAAGAGAAUGGUUUUCUCAAAUUAUGCUUGCAUUGUGUUGAUGUUUUCCCACCUGAUGAUGUAAUAGUUCCAUUCUAUGUAAAAGUUGACACUCACCCACAC